UUUGUAUUUUCUGUUUUCAAAUGUUCUUUCAAUUUCUAUGCGGUCCCUUUCUUCGUGUUUCCAUUUCCGCUUUUCACAAUCAAGCUUUCCGUUUUUGAAAGACUAAAUUGAGAUUUUUAGUUGAAUUUAUUUCGGUUUUCGGUGUUUAAUUUAAUUAAUUGUAAAAUGGCUAAAAUGAAUAAAUUAGUUACCUCUUCCAGAAGGAAGCAAAGGAAAAGGCAUUUUAAUGCUCCAUCACAUAUUAGACGCCGGAUUAUGUCAGCACCUCUUUCAAAGGAAUUGAGGACUAAAUAUGGUGUAAGAAGUAUGCCAAUUCGUAAAGAUGACGAAGUUCAAGUUGUGCGAGGUCAUCACAAGGGAUCACAAGUUGGCAAAGUAGUUCAAUGUUACCGAGCCAAAUAUGUUAUCCACAUUGAAAGAAUUCAAAGAGAAAAGGCUAAUGGUGCUUCGGUUCAUGUUGGUAUUCAUCCUUCCAAAGUUGUUAUUGUCAAGUUAAAGAUGGACCGUGAUAGGAAAAAUAUUAUUCAAAGACGAGCUAAAGGCAGAGAAGCUGGAGAAGGCAAGGGAAAACACACUGAAGAAACCAUUGAAUCAUAAAUUUUGAAUACAUUCAAUGUAACUAUUCUAUCAAUAACAAUUUAAAUACCUUCAAGUGUA